AUGGCAGGUCCUCCUCCCAUUCCCGCUGCGACAAGUCCGCCGGCUCGGCGCCGUCCGCUCGCUUGUUCCAGAUGCCGUCGGCGUAAAGUCCGCUGCGACGGGGCUUCGCCUGCUUGUUCUAAUUGUGCUAGAGCUGGGGUGGAAUGUUUUGAGGGGGUUUCGGGUCCGGCGGUAUCCCGGAGUCGCCUUUUUUAUCUAGAGAAUCGUGUGAGGGAAUUAGAAGCUGCCAAUAGAAGCAGCCAGCUCGGGUAUCUAGCAAAUGAACCGGAGCCGGGUCCUUGUCAGCAAACGUCUCGCUCAUCGCGUGAGGAAAUCCCUCGACCUAGAAGUACAGUUCGAACCCUCAGCUCGGGGCAAAUCCAAAGAGCAGAAAACAAUUAUAUUAAUGAUGGCGCUUCUCCGGCCAUUUCAACUUCCAGUCGGAUUACACGGGAUCAACCACUCGCUCACGAAGUGGGUUUACUUUCCCUGUCGAAUGCGAGUGAUCCCAAGUAUCUGGGCCCAUCAUCAGGAGUCCCAUUUGCACGAUUAAUAUACGAAUCAGUGCCCCAGUCACAAGGAUUGCCAUUGUCAUACCUGCGAGAGAAUGAGCAAGACCAAGAACAACGUGACUCGACACAGGGUCUUGGUGCAUAUGAUAUCCAGCAGCUUGACUUUCCUUCAAUGACCGACUGCCAGCAGUAUGCAGAAAUAUACUUCGGCGUCUCAACAUUGUACCCCUUCAUCUCGCAGGAUGAUUUUCAUGCCCUUCUCAGGCGAGUGACGCAUCUCAGUACUACGUCAACUUGGGGCAGCAAUAUCCCGGUAAAGCUGGCCCUUGCACAGAUUUAUUUGGUGCUUUCUCUGGGUGCACGAUUUUUAGAAAUUAAGCUGAACAGGAAAUUUCCCUCACAUGACUUAUUCGCCAACGGUAUGGGAUACGCGACACAGGUCAAGCUCCAUGAUAGCAUCGAAGGCGUACAGGUUCUUCUGCUAUUUGCGCAGCACAGCUAUUAUAGUCCGGAGGGGUUAAAUGCGUGGUAUCUGUUGCAUACCAUUAUUGCCAGCUGCUUGGAUCUUGGGUUGCAGCGGCGUGAUAAUUGCAAAAAAGAGACCGAAACCUCAUACCAUCGCAAAACAAGACACUUGCGAAGCGCCAUCUUCUGGUCAGCAUAUUCCAUGGAUCGCACCCUCACCACCAUCUUGGGACGUCCUCUGACGCUGAGAGACGAAGCCAUCGACCGGGAAUUUCCGGGGCUAGACAAUAAUCACGAGGUCGAAUCAGCAGCAACCCACUGGGAUCAGACUAACUCGCAAGACCAAGCGGUCCCCGAACAACCGCCAUGGCUGGCACCAACCCCUUACACAGCAUGCGUUUACUCUCUCCGCUUCGACCGGAUUGUCGCAGAAAUCAAGCUGAUGCUUUACCGUGUGUCGCGAUCACCGAGCCGUUUUCCAUGGCCGACUAAUGUAACUGCUUGGCAACAUGAAGCCCAAAGUGCUUGCAUCUCGCUGCUGCAGGAUGCCCAAAACCAGCAACAGGGCCCUUUGUUGAAUAAUCUCGGGACACUGCCAGGAGUUAGCCUCCAAAAACUGGAGCUCAAGUAUCACCAUUGCAUUAUGCUCCUCUAUCGUCCAAGCCCGCAAAUUCCUCAGCCGAGCACAGAAGCUAUUCAGGCAUGCUUCAGCAGCGCUAUGGACAUUAUAUCCAUUUACGCCGACCUCCACAAGUUCCUAAACAUGGAAUGCUCAUGGCUCUCGGCGCAUUCAAUUCUGGUAGCUGCCAUUACGGUCCUCUAUUGCUUAUGCUCGCACCCAGCCGUGCGAGGAGUAACACCCAUCGAAAUCUGCUUGAAAAGGGUGGAGCUAGCCCACGAGCUGCUAAUUUUCCUGGGACGGUUAUGGUCUGUUGCGGAUGAGGCAGGGUUGAAGCUGGGCAGGUUGAUCGCGGCUACGAGGGAGGUUUAUAGUGCAACUACCACUUUGUGUAGUGGUCUUGUUGAUCGUCAAAGGUAUGAAGAUAGCGGUAAUAUAGUGCCAUUGCAGCAGUCGGGUUCAGGCUCAGAUAACCCGGAUAUACCCGCUCUGGAUGGAAGGGCCGUCUUGACUGACGAACUCGGGGUUCUUCGAGACUUGUUUGACCUUGGUUGGUUGAAUGAAUCGGAGUUUGGUAAUCAACACUCUUUCUUUGGGUCUUGA